AUGGUCGACACUGGGAGCUCGACCGACAUACUUUAUUGGGAUGCCUUCCAGAAGCUCGGCCUGGUAAGGGAGAACAUGAAGCCGGUAUGCUCGACGCUCACGGGGUUUACCGGUGCUUCAAUCUCGUCGCUAGGAGCUGUCACCCUGCCCCUAACUUUGGGAGUUUUCCCAAAAACAAAAACGGUGAUGACUUCCUUUCUAGUGGUCGACCUCCCCACGGCGUAUAACGCCAUCCUCGGACGACCAACCCUCAACAAGAUCCGAGCCAUCGUCUCGACUUACUACCAGACCCUCAAAUUCCCGACCCACAAUGGAGUCGGGGAAGUAGCCGGAAACUCCUGGGAGUCCAGGCGCUGCUACUUGACUGCUAUGACGCUGAGUAAAAGAGCAAGGAUCCAAUCCCCGCUCGAGGACCCCCGAGAGGGAAAAAAGCCGGCUCCCCGCCCCGAACUAAAGGAAUCCACCGUCGACUUACCGCUAAUCAAAGGCAGGCCCGACCAAACAAUCAAGAACGGGUCGGAAUUACCCGAAGCAGAGCAACAGCAGCUCGUCGGCCUCCUGCAAGCCAACGCCGACAUCUUCGCUUGGACGCCAUCAGACCUAAUAGGAGUCCGCCCAGAAGUCGCGCUGCACCACCUGCACAUCUCGUCUGAUGCCCGCCCGGUGAAACAGAGGCCCAGGCGGCAGGCCCCGGAUCGGCAACUUGCCAUCCGAGAAGAGCCUAAUGGAAGCUGGAAGAUGUGCAUUGACUAUACCAGUCUCAACAAUGCUUGUCCGAAAGAUUGCUAUCCCCUACCGAAGAUCGACCAGCUGGUCGACGCCACAGCCGGCCACGCUCGUCUCUCGUUUAUGGAUGCCUUCUCGGGGUACAACCAAAUCAAAAUGGCGCCCGAAGACCAAGAACACACAGCCUUCCUCACCGAGCAAGGGGUAUACUUUUACAAAGUCAUGUCGUUCGGGCUGAAAAUCGCCGGGGCCACGUACCAGAGGACGGUGAACAAAAUGUUCGCCCAUCAGAUUGGAUGA